CUCUAGUAGGCUGCAGUCCCAGGCGGCGGCCAAGACCGCAGCUGAUGAGGGUCGGCGGCCGCGGCCGCUGCCGGCCCUACCACCACCAGGAGCCACCGCAAGAUGUGGGUUUUUGGUUAUGGGUCCCUGAUCUGGAAGGUGGACUUCCCCUAUCAGGAUAAGCUGGUCGGAUACAUCACAAACUACAGCAGGCGCUUCUGGCAGGGCAGCACUGACCACCGCGGGGUCCCCGGCAAGCCUGGAAGAGUUGUGACUCUCGUUGAAGAUCCUGGGGGUUGUGUUUGGGGUGUUGCUUACAAACUGCCAGUAGGAAAAGAAGAAGAAGUAAAAGCAUACCUUGACUUCAGAGAGAAAGGAGGCUACAGAAACAUAACAGUCAUUUUUUAUCCAAAAGAUCCCACAACAAAACCAUUCAGUGUGCUGUUAUAUAUUGGAACGUGUGAUAAUCCUAAUUAUCUUGGUCCUGCCCCUCUGGAAGACAUUGCUGAACAAAUUUUUAAUGCAGCUGGUCCAAGUGGAAGAAAUACGGAGUAUCUUUUUGAGCUUGCCAAUUCUAUUAGAAGCCUUGUACCAGAAGAUGCAGAUGAGCAUCUUUUCUCCUUGGAAAAAUUAGUAAAGGAACGUUUAGAAGAAAAACAGAACCUCAGUUGCAUAUAAAGACCUAAUCAUUAACUUAUUUAAAUAGUAGAUCAUUUAGUCUUCAAAGAGUAACUUCAGCACACAAUGACAAUAUUUUGGAAAUUUGUUUAGUUGAAGAUCUUAUUGUUUUUAAUGUUAUAGCCAGGAUAUCAUCUAAAUGUAUAAUUUAAGUGCAAGUGUCCUGAAACACAUAUAUUCAGAAGACUGACAUACAGAGAAAGAAAAAAUUCAAGUUUUAAUAAUAUAAUGAUUUCCUAAUUAUAUGAUAUUGAACACUUGCUCAUCACAAGUGAAUUCUUUAGAAACAUACAAAGUACUCCCUUCGGCAGCACAUAUACUAAAAUUGGAACAAUACAGAGAAGAUUUGCAUGGCCCCUGCACAAGAAUAACGGGCAAAUUUGUGAAGCAUUCCAUAUUUUUAAAGAAGCAAAAUAUAGAAAUAUAGAAAGACUUGGUUCAGUUCUUGUUUGUAUCAGAGUAAAAUAAUCUUGUUUCAUUUCACAAUACUAUUUUGAGGUUAUAGAGAAUUAAGCCAGAAGUCCAAUAAAUAUUACAAAUAUUACUAUACCUUCAAUAUGUUCCUAUAAAAUAAUUCUAUAACGAUGGUUAGAAUAUGUAAGCUUAAAAUGAUGUGCAAUUUUAAAUGUAUGUUAAUACAGACGACAUUUUAUUUUGGCCUUGAAUGUGAAUUUCCUUGUUAUUCAAGUAUAAAAUGAGACUUUCAAAUUCAGGCCAAAAGAAAUUGGCAUUUUUUUAUUAUAAAAAUAUCCUUGGAAUUUUA